UCGCCGUUUCAAACUAAGAAGUCAAGCUCUCGACAAUCACAAGCAACCCACUAGCCAACCAUGAAGAUUGCCAUUGUGCUCUGUCUGAUUGUUGUAGUGGUCAGUGCCGGACGUGGAGGGGGACAUGGCGGCUACGGCGGCCACGGAGGUCACGGCGGACACGGAGGUUAUGGCGGACAUGGGGGUUACGGCGGACACGGCGGUUAUGGAGGACACGUAGGUUACGGCGGACACGGAGGUUACGGCGGAAAUAGAGGCUACGGCGGACAUGGAAGCUACGGAGGUGUCAGAUACGGGAGCUAUGGAGGCGGCAGCGCUUAUGGAGGAAACAGUGGCUACAGUGCCAAUAGUGGCUACACAGCUGGUAACAGUGGCUACAGUGCCAAUAGUGGCUAUACCGCAGGCAGCAGUGGAAACGCUGGUAGCAGCGGAUACGACGGUACCAGCAAAGGUGGCUACAGUGGCUCUGAAGGCUACACAACUCCUUCAGCUACUGGUUACUAAAAGUAGAACUGAUUUUAAGUUGACGUUUUGGCAUUACGAUGGCCCCUUUAUUUGGGUUGAAAUAAAAUAUAUGUAAAUUAGAUAGAGCGAAAUAAAUAAUAAACUUCAAAAGUUAA